UACGGUUUAUUUACUCUAUUUCUAGGCUAUAAUACCCUGUUAACUUGCUUGGAGUUCUAUUUUUACAAGUUUUCAACAAUUCCAUUACCUUGUGAUUUCCUUGCAGUUGAAGCAGCAGUAGGAGUUUGUUAUGGCCGUGUUGGUACAAACCUCCCACCACCUUCAGAAGCCAUCAAUCUCAUUAAAUCAAUUGGCGUUUCGAGAAUUAGGCUAUUCAAUCCAGAUCCAGAAGCAUUGCAACCAUUUGCCGGCACUGGAAUAGAGCUCUUGGUUGGAGUUCCCAAUGAAAUCCUCCCUACCCUAGCCAAUAGUCCUGUGACCAUCUCCAUGGAAUGGCUUCAAACCAAUAUUUUUGCCCAUGUUUCCCCUAAUCAAGUUAAAUAUUUAGCCGUUGGCAAUGAAAUCUUCCUUAAAGAUCCAUUUUACUCUCCUUAUAUAGUUCCUGCUAUUUCAAACCUUUACCAAGCUAUUCAAACAUUAGGUCUAGCUACCUCAAUUAAGCUUUCUUCUUCCCAUGCAUCUACCAUACUUUCCAAUUCAUACCCUCCAUCAUCUGGAGUUUUUAAUUCUACCAUCAGACCAUUUCUUCUUCCUUUUUUACAAUUUUUACGUGACACCAGCUCACCAUUAAUGGUGAAUGUGUACCCUUUUUUCGCCUAUAUAAAUAAUCCACAGUAUGUUUCUUUGGACCAUGCUCUAUUUAGGUCAUCAUAUGUAGAAUACGACCAGAACUUGGCUUAUGACAACAUGUUCGAUGCUUCCAUUGAUGCAUUUGUGUAUGCCAUGGAGAAGGAAGGGUUUGAGGGAAUUCCUGUGAUGGUAACAGAGACCGGUUGGCCGACUGCUGGAAUUGACGGUGCGAGCAUUGACAAUGCCUUGUCUUACAAUGGGAAUGUUGUGAGAAGAGCUUUGAACAAUGUAGGUACGCCUAAGAGGCCUGGAGUUGGCCUGGAUGUUUUCUUGUUUGAUUUGUUUGAUGAGAAUGGAAAGAGUGGAGAGGAGUUUGAGAGGCAUUUUGGGAUUUUUGGAGAUAAUGGAAUUAAGGCCUAUGACAUUAGGUUCAACUAA